UCUUGAAGCGCAGGACCCCGGGUUGAUCUGGCAGGCCGAGCCGAACCUAUCUGGUAGCUGCACACGAAGGUCCAGUAUUUGCUCGGGAGGAAUGCGGUAGGCGGGGCCGCGCUCGGCUGGUGUCAAACUUUGGGAAUGACAGGAGUGCUGCGGGAUUCGCAAAGAAGGGGAAGUGUCGCCCUUGCUGGCUCUGUUUGGAUUACUUUGACUUGUUCUCAGUUGCAGUUUUUGGUGGAUUUAGCACCUUUUCCACAGAUAAUAGCCUUAGCAGACUCUCUCAGCCAUGUCCGAGGACCCGAGCUCCCAACCCUGGUCCAUCAACAAAGAUGAUUACGAGCUCCUGGAGGUGAUUGGUAGUGGAGCCACAGCAGUGGUCCAGGCAGCCUACUGUACACCCCGAAAGGAGAAGGUUGCCAUCAAACGGAUCAACCUAGAGAAGUGCCAGACCAGUAUGGAUGAACUCCUGAAAGAGAUUCAGGCCAUGAGCCAGUGCCACCACCCCAACAUUGUGUCUUACUACACAUCCUUUGUUGUGAAGGAUGAACUGUGGCUGGUUAUGAAGCUGCUCAGUGGGGGCUCAGUGCUGGACGUGAUCAAGCACAUCAUCUCACGUGGCGAGCACAAGAACGGUGUCCUGGACGAGGCCAGCAUAGCUACAGUGUUGAAAGAUGUGCUGGAGGGAUUGGAGUACUUGCACAAGAACGGCCAGAUCCACAGAGAUCUCAAAGCUGGAAACAUUCUCCUUGGAGAUGACGGUUCUGUGCAAAUUGCAGACUUUGGCGUCAGUGCCUUUCUAGCUACAGGUGGUGACAUGACCCGAAACAAAGUGCGCAAGACUUUUGUGGGAACGCCGUGCUGGAUGGCCCCAGAGGUUAUGGAGCAGGUGAGGGGAUAUGAUUUCAAAGCCGAUAUUUGGAGUUUUGGGAUUACAGCUAUAGAGCUUGCCACUGGAGCUGCACCUUAUCAUAAAUACCCACCAAUGAAGGUCUUGAUGCUGACACUGCAGAAUGACCCACCAUCUCUGGACACUGGUGUGACAGAUAAGGAGAUGGUGAAGAAAUAUGGCAAAUCUUUCAGGAAGAUGAUCUCCCAAUGUUUACAGAAGGAGCCAGAGAAACGGCCAACGUCAUCAGAGUUGUUGAAGCAUAAAUUCUUUCAAAAAGCAAAAACCCAUGAAUACUUGCACGAGAAGUUGAUCGAAAGGGCUCCUACAAUAACAGAGAGAUCUAAAAGGGUACGACGAGUGCCUGGUUCCAGUGGCCGGCUCCAUAAAACGGAGGACGGCGAAUGGGAAUGGAGCGAUGAAGAGCUCGAUGAAGAAAGCGAGGAAGGCAAAGCAGCUGUCGCAGCUUUAAGAUCACCAAGAGUGAAGGAAGGUCCCCAGAAUUCAGAGAUUUUUCAGACUCCUGAGCCUUUAAGUAGUCACCUCCAGCCAAUGCCUCCAGGUCAGGCUGAACUACCUCAGGCUGCAGGUCAACAUCUACUGCAACCCACGCAAGUCAACACUCAACCCCCCACCCAGGUUGCAUCCCCCUCACUCAGUGUUCCUGCUUCUGCUGGUGUUCCCACUCAGAUCCCGGCUGCCUCAGGAGAUAUUAACACUCCCAUUAGUUUGGUAUUAAGGUUAAGAAAUUCAAAGAAGGAGCUGAAUGACAUCCGCUUUGAAUUUAUGCCAGGAAGAGACACAGCAGAUGGAGUGUCCCAGGAGCUGGUGUCAGCCGGUCUGGUGGACGGGAGGGACUUAGUAAUAGUUGCUGCAAAUUUGCAGAAGAUAGUCGAUGAGCCUCAAGCCCAUAAAAAUGUAACAUUCAAGCUGGCUUCUGGGGUGGAGGAAUCUGAAAUACCAGAUGACAUCAAGCUGAUGGGCUUCGCUCAGCUCAGCAUUAGUUAAACUGUUGUUCUACCUGGAACCGUGACUUGCCUAAAAAAUGUGAAAAUUAAAAACAAAAAAAAUAGUUUAAUGCAUUUUUUUUCCUCUUUCCAUGGCUGUAAAGAAACCACUACUGCCAAAGAAAAUAGUACCAUUUUGCCAUUUUGCUACCCAUAGGAUUAUACAAUACCACCUUGUUGAAUUAGGUGGUCAGCCGUAGUAUCAGAACGUACAGUGUGAGAAUCGCUCAAAGUUUACAGUGCAUAUGUAGAAGGAUUUGAGCAUUUACAAGACAAAUAUUUUCAUUUAACAUUCUGGUUCCUUCAUCUUGUUAUUCUCUCAUUAAUAUGUGAUGCAUUUGCACAAUCUGAUCCAACACCCUCAAAUCCCGAUGAUCCUGAUAAGUGUAACAAUGCCUUAUAAUCAUAAGAACUACUGAAUGCACGUUUAGGAGACGCCUCCUCUUCCCCCAUGUGGAGCAUUGUGUCGUUUGAAAUGCACAAACGUGGCUUCAAGUGCUGAUGCCAAACUUUUUACCUUUCUUUUUUUUUAUGAGUGCUGAUGAGAUGGAAAAUAAAGUAAUGCCAAAAUAUGAUUUUAUUUAAUUUUUUCAGUCUUUAAUUUGUAAUACUGAAUAUAGCACCAUUGUCUUUUGGUGAUUCUUAGCCCUAAACUCUCUCUCUUCUUCAUAUUAUAAAAUUAUGGUGUCAUUUUGGAAAUCAGGUGAUAUGGGAACAAAUUUGGACCUAGCAUAUUUUGAACAUGUAAUUCUAGCUUUGUAGCAAUGUGAAAUAAUGUUCCAUAUUUUUUUGGUAUACAUUUUUUUUGCAUUAUGUUUGUUUAAAACUCACAUCCCAUCUGUAUCAACUGUUUGAGAUACAAAUUUAAGCUUUGCUGCCGCAGUUACGCUUCAAACUGAUUGAAAAGUGAUCAAUCAAAAUGGCGAACAAGGAAAUAUUUUAUUAGCUUCACUCUCUAGCUAACUACCAUAGCUUCUGCAUUCCUAUUAUCAGUGUAAGGAGUAAAUUAACAAAUAUUUCACUGCAAGAAUUUUUACUUAUGCAAAAUUGAUCCUCAAAAGUUGCAAAUGAUGAAUGACAUUUCUUUUCUACAAUGCUUACUUCCUCUAGAAUUAGAAUGCAAAUUCUUUUCUUAGCAGCCCUUUCCAAAACUACAUACAACGAUUACGGCUUUGCUACCCUAAAAACACCCAUGCAAAUUUAAAAGCGGGUAUACUGUUGAGAAACUGACUUGAUGUGCAGAUUUAGGUUUGAAAUUAUUUUAAGUAGACCAAGACUCUUGUUCCUGAUAAGAAAUGAGGCAGCCAUGUCCCAAGAGUUUUGAAAAUAUAUAUACAGUAUAACUGCUACUAUUUACAUUUAAAAAUGGUACGUCAGAAAUGAUUUAUACAGUUCAUCUCAUUUUCAUACUAUAUGUGAAAAUGACAGAGAUUUAUAGUUGAGAAAGUUACCUCCACAGUUUUAUUUUAAAUACAGCAAAACAACCCGGUUCUGUUUGCAAUUUCAGCUCAACUGGCUCAUGCAAAUGGGUAAUGCGCAGUUUUAAUAUGUUAAUUUCUCAGGAACUUUGUGUCACAGUGUUACAAAACUGGAUUUAAAGGUAUAAAAUAUUUUUGUCCUAAACGUGUGCCCAUAAGGAGGACAAACACAUGUGAACGCAUGUUUUGACUGUUUUAAGCAAUGGACUUUAUACAUCAGAUUAACUUAAACUGUGUAUAAUAAUUGAAGGCUUUAUGGUUUACAUGAAUCUUGAACUCUUGAUACUGUGCUUAAUUAUUUGAUUAUUAAGGUCACUGGAUAAAUAAAAAUGCAAAUUCUCAACUAACAUCCAAGUGUUUGUUUAAAAAGAAACACUAUGCUUAGUUAGUGAUGGUUCUUGCACAAAUGGCAACCUGGGCAAUCUCACUCUUUUCCAACCAACUGAAAUGAAAGUAUCUAUCAUCAGUCUUAGAGCAGGAUAUAAAGCAUUGCAGUUCCUCAUAAAGAACAAAACCCAGUACUUCAAUAAAAAUUUACAAUGGCUCUUCUGUUUUGGCUUUUAUGCAUUUAAAUGAGCUGAUUUAUUCUUCUGAUAUUUAAAACUGUGCUCUGAAGAACUCCAGUUAAUUCAGACUAUCACCAGAAAAAAAAAAAUCCAAAAGCCUUCUUGACAUUUUUUUUGUUUUGUUCUAUUUAGUUGGAAGUGAAAGUGCAGCAGCUGAACUCUUCUCACUGUCUGGUAUUAGUUUCUGAAUUUAACAUUUAUUUUAACAGGGCUGAAAAUAAGUACUUGACUUAAACCUGAGGAUGUAAAUAAUGUCAUUUGGUUUUAUUUUCAUGCUGUUUCACUCUGCCUUGGGUUUCUGUCUCACGACAUGAUUGUAGGUUCCUCAAAUGUGGCGAUUGGUUCUUGGCUUGGGGUUGUAUACUUUUGAAGGCCUUGAUGUCAGCAACAAUUUGACAAGUAUGAUGUCUGUUCAUAAUUUCCUAUCGGAAAAGGUUAAUGUCCUUGAAAAUUGUGAACAUAAGUUCUAAAUCACUUUGAGUUUCCAAAAUCUUAAAGUAUUGUCAACGCCGUUCAUUAAACCCCAGUUGGGGGCCGUUUACAGUCACUCUCACAUGCUUUCACAUCUUUGUUUCUUACAGCUGAUAAAUAAAAACUUAAUUGUAAACAGUUGGAAAAGUCAAUUUUCUUGCAAAUUUUGCAUUAUUGACCAAGUCUGAGGAACUUGUGUAUUGCAUUAUGAAACAGUUAAGACUGUGGUGUGGUUUAUCUAUUUAAUUAGAUAAUGAUGUAUUGUCACAACUCUCCAGAUGCCAUUUUUGGAUGCCAUCAAAGAAAACUAAGAGAAAAGCUUUAUGUUUUUGCCUGUGAAGAUGUAAACCUAUGUGCAAGCCUUAAAUCACAAAUGACCAAGUGUAUUUUUUUUAAUCUUUAUUUUCUAUUUUUAUUUUUUGGUGGGAUUUAGGAGGUGAUUUUGAUUUAGAUAUAUGUCCUAGUUCACAUAAAAAUUCCUGAAAGAAACUUGCGAAGGUGAGGGAACAAAAAGCAGUGAUCGUGUCUUUCAUCACUUGCUGAUGGUCUCAGACUGAGCCCUGCUAAGGUGGUCAGGACUUUUAUGAUCGAGCCUUAUGAGAUUGUGUUUGUGUGUGCUUUGUGUAGACUGAGUCUGGCUUCAAGUGGAGAUGAUCUUGUGGCUUUGUUCUUUUCUCGAUCUUCUGUCCCUUUUCCACACCGUCUAACAAAACUGUAGCAACUGAACAGAUAAAAGAGUAAACAAUGUUUGUCUAGGACUAAUUGAGGUCGUUAUAUGAUUUAUAACUGUUUUUGUUCAGUAUUUCCAUUUCUUUUUGAUUAUUUUGGAGUUCAGGCAUGUUUCUCUUAUUUUUAUUCAUUAAAAUAAUUAGUACAUCUGCA